AUGCAAACUGACACAAUACCAAGGCUGACUUCUACAGUUAAAACUCCUUCUACAUCCAGUGGAACAGAAUUUCAAAGUGUAACAAACAAUCACAACAAAAGUUUAGGACAAUUAGAUAACAUAUUUCAGUCUGUAAAGAAACAGAUUGAACAAUGGGGUGAAAAUGCCAAGUGGAAAAUUGACUUGAUUUUACUAGAUAAUCCUCCUCAACAUCAAGCAUCAAAUUUACAUCCUUUACUUUCUCCGCAGCAUUUUCAUCCUAAUGCAAUCACAACUCCAGCCGAUAAUAAUAUUGGAGGCGGAGAUUCUAGUACUAAAAAGAACAAGCAUUUGCAUGUUACUUCCAGUAUUCAAUAUCCAUGGGAUUUUGUUGCUCCUACAGAUGACGAGUGGAAACAAGAUUCAGAAGAUUUGCAACAAAAGUUACGUGAAUCCAUAGAACGUCAAAGAUAUCUGGAAAGCAUCAUUUGGUCUCAAGCAGAGCAAAUAAAGCAUUCACCAAUCAUAUCUGACAAGGAAAAAGCUAUUAAUACAAUGAGAGACAUUUAUCUUAUGUCUCAACAUGAACAAAAAACACAUCACCUUGUUGAAACAACCAUACUGCAAAAGGACAUUGAAGCAUUGUCCAAAAAAAUAAAGAAGAUGGCCAAAACACUUCAAGAUAUUGAAGAGAUACAAGUGGCACCACAAGAUAAAGAUCUAGACAAAGAGGCUUUGCUAAACGACCGCACCUUAUUGUUGCGAAAACUACAUUUGGCAGAAUUACGUUUAUCAGCCAGAGAUACAGAAAUAGAAUAUUUACAUCAAGUCAUUGAUACAUUAAAAGCAAACACAAUGAACACUUCUUCACCUAAACCGCAGUUCCAGAAGAAAUUACGAAAAGGUCCACCUUAUUUGUUCCAACAACAGUAUUCUCCUCGUAGUGAAGUCAGAACUUCUGAACCACAUCCUCUUUCUGGUUUGGACAGCUUGGGUAUCGUGGCCGAUCAAAUGCUGAGUGACCCAGAAUUUGAAGGCUCAAAUUCGAAAUCAUCUGUGCCUGAAAAACGAUUGCGUUCUCGGUUAGAUGAUAGACGAUCUCAACGAUCAAUUGAUUCUGCAGCUACUUUGUUAGCCAUGCCUCAGUUAAUGAUACCGCAACGCAUGAAACCUGAAGAUACACAUUCUUCGCCUUCACCCGAACAUGUCAAGGCGAUGGAACACAUUCCCAAGAAGCCAAGAUCUACUUAUACUCGCUGGACAGAAGCUGAAGAUAAAUUACUAAGAGCAGCAGUCAAGAAAUACGGCCAUAGCAACUGGGAAGCGUGUUCCCGUGAUGUUCAUGGCAGAAGUAAUAUCCAAUGUCGUAAUCGCUGGAUUAGACAUCUUGAACAUAGACCUCCUCCAGUAGAAGAAGAAGACGAAGACGAAGAAGAAGAGGAACAACAACAACAACAACAACACAGACCACCUACUACUCCAGAACGACAAAGACAUAUAAACAAUGCACGUCAAUCACCUUCAAUUGCUGCAUUAUUAAACAGUAAUGACGACUAUCAUUAUUCACCUAAAUCUACACCCAAGCAACUUUAUGAACAACAACAACAACAACAUCCUUAUCAUAUUCACCCUACUUAUCGACCACCAUCACCUAUGGCAACCCCAAAGAAUGGAAAACGUAGAUCUCCUGAAGACAUGCCUACAUCAACUAAAUGGUAG